AUGGCUAGCAAUCCGCAUCAACAUCAGCCAAGUGUUGGAAUUCUUCGCAAGGAUGCAAUUGGGAAAAACUAUUUCAAUAUGGAGAAUUUGCUCACAAGAUCACUUUAUAAGGUCUUGAAUAAUAAUCCGACCGUUGUGAGACCACAAAAUGCGGACAAUGUCGACAAAAUUCGACUACCCAACUUUCAUACGACUGUCGCCAUUGCGAGACCGAAUAAUCAUCGGAUCGGCGCGCUGCCGUCGACGGACAUGGAAAUGCAGUUGAAGCUUCUCGCUCAGGAGAUUUGCAGCAAAGUCGAGCGGAGGUAUGAGAAGAAGCUUGAGGAAGCGCGCGAGAAGGAUCGCAAAGACACCGAACGACGUUUGUUGGCGAUAAAGGCCGAAUACGACGCGAAGGUGAAGGUGCAGUUGUCGAAGGUCGAGAGGGAGAAGAACCAUGCGUUGGAUCAGCUCGCCGAACGCGAACGCACGUUGGAGCAUCGUCUCGAGAUGCGAAUCUCGGAGAAGGAGCACGACGUCGAGACGCGACGGCGGACCAUCGAAAAUCGAAUGGCCGAAUUGAUGUUGAACAAGGAGAACUUCGAGAAGGUCAAAGAGGAAUGGAAUCGGAAGCUCGAGGCGGAAAUGGAGGAGAUUCGGCUCGAGAAGGAGAAGUUGGCGAUGAACGCGGUGCAGGUGAGCGCGCGGCAGAGUUCGGACAUUGUGCACGAGCAUGAGCUGCGAAUGUGGAAGAAGCGGACGAAGGAUCUCGAGAACGACGCGAAUGAGACGAGACGCAAAAUUGCGGAGCUGAUGGCCGAGAAUUUUCGACUUUUAGAUGAGAAUUCGAGUGUCGAGCAUAUUAAAACCGAAAUUGAGUUGACGGCGAGAAAUUUGAACGAAACUCGCCAAGAAUUGGCGGCGGCGAGGCUCGAGAUUCGAAGAACCGCGGAUUACGAUCGUCUGAAGGCGGAGAAUGAGCAAUUGCGCAAAGAGAUUGAGGAGCUCCGAAUUCAGAAUUCGCAGCGAAUUCAAGCGGCCGUCGCCGAGAAAUGCGACGAGUUUGAGGAAUCCGAGCAGAAGCAUCGCAAAAUGCUGAAUUCGGCGAAAUCGCGAAUCGCGCUACUGACGGAAAAAUGUCGAGAGUUUGAAAUGGAGCGCGACAUGCUCAAACAGGAGCUCAAAACGAUGCAGAAGAUGGUGUCGCGUGGCGGUUUUCUGAAUUCGACGACGAAAUCGCGAACAAAUAAUAAUUACAAGAGAUGCCGACGGCAGAAGUCGACGGUGUCGGAAUCGUCGACGUCGUCGUUGUCGGAAGGCGAAAUGGAGAUUCUCCAUAUUCGGCAGCGGAUUCAGAAUCUUGAUGAGAUUGCGAAAGAGCUUGACGCUUCCGUUGAGCAUUUCUCGUUUUCGUCGAAUCGAAAGGAGCCGAUCGAUUAUGACGACUCGAAGGUCGAGCUCUAUGAUGAUUUCUGCCGUGCCCUUCAUCAAACCAGUGUCGACGAUGAGAGUACGACGUCGCCGAAGACGUCGUCGCCGCAGAAGCCGUCGACGAGACGGCGUGCUUCUGAUGAAGCGACGAGGCAAGAGCAGCCGAAACACUUGAAGGGCAUUCGAUUGAUCUCGCCGAGAAUCGCGCCACCGAUGAUUGAGGAGAAGCCAAUGAAUGUGGAGGAGCGAAUUGAAGAAAAUAAAAUGACGGAAUUUGAGAGGAGAAUUCAAGAGCGGAACGUCGAGAAGCAACAGCAGCAUCAGCAGAAGGUUGAGACUCAUGUGGAUGAGCCUCAACCUGCUUCAGCUCCAGCUCCUACUCCUCCUCCUCCUCCUCAUUCAAACACAUCAGCUUCGAAUCAGCUUUUCACUGGCGUCGAUCCGGUCAUGGCCGAAUACAUGCAGAAAAUCAUGCAGGGAAGGAAGAAGCAAGAGGCUGCUGUUGUUGAAGCUCCGCCCAAAGAAAUGGAGAUCACGAUGGGCGACGAAUUGCAGCUCGACAAGCCUACCGAUCAUGUGAAUGAUGAUGAAUGGUGGUAA